AUGAAGACUGCCACAAUUCUCCUUCUCGUGAGCGCAGCUCUCGCAGCUCCCGCCGCCAACAAAACCCUUGAGGCCCGCAAGCCCUGCCUUCUCCUCGACGGCCUUCUCAACGGCGGAGGUAGCGGCAGCGCCGAUUCUUCAGCCAGUGGUGGCUUCAGCUCUAUGCUCAGCGGCUCCGCUGAUGCAUCCGGUUCGGGCUCAGGCUCGGCUGAUCUUGGUGCUGACCUCGGCCUCGGUGGCUCUGGCAGUGCUUCUGGUGAUGCUUCCGGUGAUGCUUCCGGUGAUGCUUCCGGUACUGGAUCUGCUGAUGCCAGUGCCUCUGGUAGCUCUGGUCUUGGUGCUGGUCUUGGCCUUGGCCUUGGUGGCUCUGGCUCGGGAGACCUUUUCGGAUCUGGCGGUUUCUUCGGCAGCGGAUCAGGAUCUGGUAGUGGCUCUGGUGAUAUCUCUGGCUCCCUGAGUGGUGGUGCCUCUGGUACUGGAUCUGCCGGUGCUGGUGCCUCUGGUUCUCUUAGCGGAGGUGCUUCCGGUACUGGAUCUGCUGGUGCCUCCGGCUAUGGUGGUGCAUCUGGCGGCGCUUCCGGCUCUCUGAGCGGUGGUGCUUCCGGCACUGGAUCCCUCGGCGCUGGCGCCUCUGGCUCUGGUGGAGUUUCUGGUGGUGCCUCUGGCUCUCUUGGAGGAGGUGCUUCUGGCUCUGGAGGUGCUUCCGGCGGUGCUUCCGGAUCUCUUAGCGGCGGUGCCUCUGGUACUGGAUCUGCUGGUGCCUCUGGCUCUGGUGGUGUUUAUGGUGGUGCUUCAGGUGGUGCUUCAGGUGGUGCUUCAGGUGGUGCUUCAGGUGGUGCUUCAGGUGGUGCUUCAGGUGGUGCUUCAGGUGGUGCUUCAGGUGGUGCUUCUGGUACUGGAUCUGCCGGUGCGUCUGGCUCCGGCGGUGUUUCUGGCGGCGCCUCUGGCGGUGCUUCAGGCUCUCUUAGCGGUGGUGCCUCUGGUACUGGAUCACUUGGUGCUGGCGCUUCCGGCUCUCUUGGAGGCGGUGCUUCCGGUGGUGCUUCCGGCACUGGAUCGACCGGGGCGAGUUCUUCUGGCGCACCCUCCUCCUCUGGAUCCGGCUCUGGCUCCUCGGGCGCUGAAGGUUCCGACUCGGGCUCUGUUGGCGCUGGGGCUUCUGGCAGCGGCUCCGCUGGUGCUGGCGGUUCCGGAUCUGCUUCGGGCGGCGCUGGUGCUUCUGGAAGCGUAGGUGGCUCUGGCUCUGGCACUUCUCCCUCUUUCAGCACUAGCACCAGCAUCUCGUGGGCCAUCCCUGGCCCUACCGGCACCUCGGGUGAAGGUGAAGGUUCUGGCUCCCUGUCAAUUGGUGGUUCUGUCGGGGCUCAGGCUACCGCUGCCGCUGCCGCCAACGCCCAGGCCACCGCCCAUGCAAGCGCCAACGCUUCCGCCAAUGCCAGUGCUAACGCCAGUGCUGACGCUGACGCUGACGCUUCUGCGAAUGCUUCUGCCAAUGCUGAGGCCAACGCAUCUGCUUAA